GUUGGAGGCGGUGAGAAUGGUCUGAAGAAUCUUCUCCAGGCAGUUGGCGGUAGCAGUGUGGAUGGUUUGGCCAGUCUGUUGCAGGCCGUUGAAGGUGGCGACAGGAGUGAAGCUCUGCGCAGCUUGCUCGAUGCGUCUGGAGGCGGAAAGGAGGGUCUCAGAAGCCUGAUCACCGCGGCUGGCGGCGGUUCCGGCGGCCUACAGUCGCUGCUGCUCGCCAUGACUGGCGGUGAGGCCGAUGCGUCUGCCGGUGCUGCGUUGUCCAGCCUCCUGAAGGCGGCCGGAGGUGGUGCCGACGGUCUUUGCGACCUGUUGUCGGCACUGGGAGGUGGUGAAGAAGGCCUACGUCGACUGCUGGACUCGGUGGCUGCUUGCGGUACCGACGAGGACGGAGCAUCGAAUCACAGUCUACAGGUCCUGGUGCAGGCGAUGGGAGGUGGCGUCGAUGGGUUGAGUCAGCUGUUGGCGGCUACACGCAGCCUUGACGACGAGACGGACGGCGCGGCGGCAGUGUCCACUCUGAUUGCUGUCUCGGGUGGCGGAGUUGCCGGUCUGGCCAGCCUCCUCAAGGCGGCUGGUGGUGGGCCAGAAGCACUCAAACUGCUACUCGAUCAAAUGGGCGGUGGACCCGAGGCGUUGAGCCGGCUGUUGGCCGCUUGUGGUGACAAGGAGGAUUGCUCAAUGGGCCUAAAGGUAGCAUUUGUGCUCAGCAUACGUUAUAGCGAUUGCAUGCCAAAAAGACAGUUUCUUGGAAGUGCACCUCAAUUUUUGGUGGUAUCAUGCGACUGGUCAGUUUCGAUUGUAUGGACGGCUUGGUUCUGUCAACAAAGCCGAUUGUGCCAUGACGACAAACUGUUGUUUCACUCGUUUGUAUCGUCUUCACACGCUGUUCUGUCGGCCGAAUUACCUUAG